AUGGAGGACCGCGUCCACGAUUCGGGAGAAUCGGACCAGGAUUCUCCCUUCGCUAUCAGCGAGUCAUUGGUUCCUCCAAGGGAGCAGAAGACCGCGGGGACGACAAAUAUCGAUUUUGAUGGCCUGCUCUCUGAGCCUCUAGUACUCCAGGAAGAUCUCAAGGAAGGAUGCGGUGGACAACUCUGGCCGGCGGGCAUUGUGCUCUCAAAGUACAUGCUCCGUCGGCAUCAUUCAGACCUGCGUGGUAAGACUAUAGUUGAAUUAGGUGCCGGGGGAGGCCUUGUCGGGUUAGCUGUCGCUCGAGGCUGCUCAGUUGACUCUCCCAUCUAUAUCACCGACCAGAAGCCCAUGCUUGCCUUGAUGGAAACCAACAUCAAACUAAACAACCUGUUGCCGCUGGUCAAGGCCAGCGUGCUUGACUGGGGAACCCCUCUCCCGGAGGACAUCCCUCACCAUCCGGCCGUGGUCCUAGCGGCAGACUGUGUCUACUUUGAACCUGCGUUCCCGCUCUUAGUAGAGACACUACAGAGCCUCAUAGGCCCUGAGACCGUCUGCUACUUCUGCUUCAAGCGACGACGAAGAGCGGAUCUCAGAUUUAUCAAGCUUGCCAAAAAGGCCUUUGAUAUUACUGAGGUCACAGACGAUCCGGACCGUCAGACUUACGCCAGAGAAAACAUCACCAUCUGGGUGAUCAGAUCAAAAUCACCCGCCAAACAGACUGGGGCGAAUCGGUCUGCGGAGACUUCAACCUGA